AUGCAUUCUGGAAUCAAAAAUCUGCUUCAGAAUGCAUUUCAUGUGCACCCUGAUAAGCUUAAGCUGCAGCUGCAGCUGCAACUGCAACGGCGUCUUCCUCACCUUUUUACAGUCGAAAGCGUUUCCACGAAAGCCCACAUUCUCUUUCUGUUAUUUCAAAAAUCUCUUCUGCCCAAUAACGAUUCGCCCGCCCCCUCGCCCGCCGGUCCCGACCUCCGCCGUUACCUCCGCCCGCCCGCCCAAGAGCAACCCGCCCGCAGGUCCCGACCUCCGCCUUCGCCUCCUCCCGCCCGCCCAAGAGCAACCCGCCCGCGGGUCCCAACCUCCGCCGUCGCCUUCUCCCGCCCAAGAGAAGCUGGGUCCCGAGCUCUGAUCGCCGUCACCUCCGCCGCCAAACCUAGCUCGGUGCUCCUCCCCAACGGCCGUGGAUGGGGGAGUGGUGGUGGUCUCUUCUCCGUCGAUUUCGUCGACCUCUGCUGUAAGUCCAAGCGGGCCAGGCGUCGGCUCGGCGUCUCCCGCUCCAGGGGCCGACCGCGCCUCCUCUCCGCCAGCAAGCCCGCGCCGCCUUCCUCGGUAAAGGCCGUGCUCCAUCUCGAGUGGGCCGGCCAUUCGUCGUCCCCCCGCGGCGAGCCGCCUCGUCAGUUCGGGGACAAGCUUCAGGGCAACUUGAAUCGGAUGCAAUCUUGUGAAAACUCAUUAAAGUCCCCUGUUUGGCAUGGUCGUGAGAAUGAAAUCCGUCCUUUUGGCUUUACUCCUCACUUUGAGCAGAUAUCUUAUAAAAUCAGACCUGUUGCUUGUCUUGUAAUGGGCUUUGCUUAUGUUUGGUCUUUGUCUCAAGGUGGUUGACUUUUAUGAGUAUUACAAGGGUCAGAUGGAGGC